GUCCUGGAGUCUCUCCCGCCCAGGUCCCGGCUGCGCUUCCCCCGCCCGCACUGCACCGCACCGCACGGCAGGCGGGCCCUCAGGAUGCAGGUCCCGCACAAGGAGCACCUGUACAAGCUGCUGGUGAUCGGCGAUCUGGGCGUGGGCAAGACCAGCAUCAUCAAGCGCUACGUGCACCAGAACUUCUCCUCGCACUACCGGGCCACCAUCGGCGUGGACUUCGCGCUCAAGGUGCUCCACUGGGACCCGGAGACAGUGGUUCGCCUGCAGCUCUGGGACAUCGCAGGUCAAGAAAGAUUUGGAAACAUGACGAGAGUCUAUUACCGAGAAGCCAUGGGUGCCUUCAUUGUCUUCGAUGUCACCAGGCCAGCCACAUUUGAAGCAGUGACAAAGUGGAAGAAUGAUUUGGACUCAAAGUUAAGUCUCCCUAAUGGCAAACCAGUGUCAGUGGUUUUGUUGGCCAACAAAUGUGACCAGGGGAAGGAUGUGCUCAUGAACAAUGGCCUCAAGAUGGACCAGUUCUGCAAGGAGCACGGGUUCGUAGGAUGGUUUGAAACAUCAGCAAAGGAAAAUAUAAACAUUGAUGAAGCGUCCAGAUGCCUGGUGAAACAUAUACUUGCAAACGAGUGUGACCUGAUGGAGUCCAUUGAGCCUGACAUUGUGAAGCCCCAUCUCGCAUCGCCCAAGGUUGUCAGCUGCUCCAGCUGUGCCAGGUCUUAGUAGGCUCCUGGGCGGGUGCACGAGGGAAGCAAUCCAGUCAUCUCAUGAGUUAGGUCUCCAUGCUUACCAUGCUGGGCCAGCGGCUGGACCGGCAGACCCCCAGGGCCAGCCAAGGAGCAAUGCCUGUACCUUUCCUAUAAGAGAAAUAGCAAGCGUUCUUUUUGUUUUCCCUCCGGCAUCGGCGCCCUGUUUACAAGCUUUUAAAAUAUUUAGUCUGUUACAAAAGCCUGUCCUGUAGCUGCCCACGAUUCUGCAGGGCCAGAGUCGGCCCUGCUAUUUGCGUCUUUGAAUCAGCCAAGGCCUCCGGUCUGAGAAGGAAAGGGGAAAAGAGCAGCCUGGCUGCCAGUGUAAGCGUUGGCUUUCACUUUGUCCCCGGUGUCUUUGUCCAGAUUUCAAUACAUCCUCUGCUGGUCUAGCAGGCCUGUUAAGCAGAAAGGGGACUUUUCUCCAGAGAUGACCUCCAUUCUCAGCAGACCUCGAGCUGGCUCUCGUGUAGCACUUCAGAGUCAUGUACACGCCUCCUGUGCCUUUGUUGUCUUUGUCGUCACUUGCUGUGCCCUGAAUGUUGGUCUAACUGACCCCGGUAUGUGCCUUUCUGUUAGCUUUCUCUGACUCAAGCUGUGGGACUCUUCUGGACAUGUAAUAUAUAUUAUAUAUAU